AGAGUAGAUAUUCAGGGUUUACUCCACGUCGGAUUGUGAAGAUAUCUUGGAGUGUCAAUUGAAAAAAAAGGACUGAUCGACUGCUGUCUCACUCCAUAACCGUCACUUUGAUAUCUGAGCAAUUGACUCAUAUUCAUCUGGAUAUACCAUCUGAAAUCAGCAUAAUGCGUCUCCCAUACGUCCCCGACCCCCCACCCACCAGCACAAACGAGGAAGCAGAUAUCCUCGCCCGAGUUCAAGCUCGACGUGCCCCAAACGGACUCAUCCCUCUUGACCGGGCAUUAUUGCAUUCCUUCCCUGUUGCAAAUGGCUGGAACUCAUUCAUCGGAGCCAUCCGCACCCAAACCAGCUUAUCAACCAUUGUCCGCGAGCUUGCCAUCUGCCGCGUGGCCGUGAUCAAUGGGGCAUGGUUUGAAUGGGAGCAUCACGCACCGCUGCUGCGAGAAGGUGGACUGAGCGAGGAAGCGAUGGGAGUUGUCCGUGACUCUGAAGCGGAUUUCUCCCAGAAAGUUGCUGAGGGGAUUUUGAGUCGGGAUCAGGCUGCGGUGUUGAGAUAUACAGAUGCGAUGACCAAGACUGUGACUGUGCCGGAUGAGGUGUUUGCAGAGGUCAAGGAGAUUUUCAGCGAGAAAGAAGUGGUGGAAAUCACGGCUACUGUGGCCGCGUAUAAUUGUGUGAGCCGGUUUCUGGUAGCGUUGGAUGUUGGCGAGAAGAACCCUUGAUAUGAAAUUUAUAUACACUUUUAUUCAUUUGAUUGGCUUCUUCAAUUAUUUAUUCUCA